AAGUCGAUAUUAUAGCAUUGGCAUUUGUCCCGCAUAGUUGUCAAAAGUUUCAGUUGAGUGUAACAUGUCUAUCGGAGACCCACCACAAUCUACUAAAUUUGUAUAAAAGAUUAGAGCGAAAUCUACAUUCAAACCUUGUAAAUUCAUAACCACGAAUUUGAGAUUACAAAUUUAAAUUAUGCAUACAUCUAUAAAAUAUUAACCUAAACUUGCUGCAAUGUUGGUUCACUUACUUAUAUAUAAAUAUAUUUUUGAAAACUCACUGGAUUGAGCAAAUUUGCUAUCAUGAUAGACCCAAGCUCUAGUGAAGAAGAGGGAGACGAAGAUAGCGUCAUUAAUCUACCAAGUAAAGGUCGUGUCUCAGUUCCACAUAAAGCAUCGACACUUGCCGCAGGACCAUCAUCAACAAGCACUGGGACUUUACCAAUUCUGACAACCGUUCCGAGCGUUCAUAAUGGCGAUUUUAUUGGAAGCCACAGACCGUCGGCAUCAAUACCUGGCAAUACCAACGCAGGAAUUGGAGUCGGAACAUCAAAAAAUGAUCAAACUCAAUUCAAUACGGAAAGUUCUAAUCUUGAAGUGCCCAACAAUGGAAUUCCAAGUGGUAUUUCCCAAGAAACAUUAAAUCAAAGCGUCGGAUCGUCGAGAGCCAACUCGUUACCUCGUCCACUUUCACCAUCUUCAUCGCUUGCUAGUGAUAAACAUGAUGCCGGAGAUCCUCACGAGAAACACGAGCGUGAAGAGGAAGAGCGGAAACGUCGUAUUCAGUUGUAUGUAUUCAUAUCACGGUGCAUAUCUUACCCAUUUAAUGCUAAACAACCAACGGAUAUGACAAAACGGCAACCAAAAAUCACAAAGCAACAAUUGGAGAUAGUCACACAACGAUUUCAAGCCUUUUUAAAAGGAGAGACCCAAAUAAUGGCUGAUGAAGCAUUUCAAAAUGCGGUUCAGAGCUAUCACGACGUCUUUUUAAAAUCGGAGCGUGUUAUGAAGAUGGUUCAGUCAGGGGCAUGCUCACAACAUGAUUUUCGUGAAGUAUUUCGUAAUAACAUUGAAAAACGAGUAAGGUCUUUACCUGAGAUCGAUGGCCUCAGUAAGGAAACAGUGUUAACAUCGUGGAUGGCAAAAUUCGAUAUUAUUCUUAAAGGCAGCGGCGAUGAAGAUACAAAGCGUCCAUCGCGUAUGCAGCAGUCCCUGAAUAGUGAGCUUAUUCUAUCUAAGGAACAACUCUAUGAUAUGUUUCAACAGAUUUUAUCUGUGAAAAAGUUUGAACACCAAAUCUUGUUUAACGCCCUAAUGCUCGACUCUGCAGAUGAGCAAGCGGCGGCCAUCAGGCGAGAAUUGGAUGGUCGCAUGCAAAAGGUUGGAGAAAUGGAAAAAAAUCGAAAACUAAUGCCAAAAUUUGUGCUUAAGGAAAUGGAAUCUCUUUACAUUGAGGAAUUAAAAUCUUCAAUUAAUCUUUUGAUGGCAAAUUUGGAGUCACUACCUGUAUCUAAAGGUAACAUGGAUAGUAAAUAUGGCCUACAAAAGUUAAAGCGUUACAACCACAGCACACCAUCUUUUUUAAAAAUGAUUUUACGUUCGCAUGGAUCUCUAUCGAAGUUAGAGGGUGACUCUGAAGAUGGUACCACUCAAUUGACCAAAUUGGACGUUGUUCUCACAUUUCAAUUAGAAGUGAUUGUUAUGGAGGUAAAAGGGCUCAAAUCAUUGGCACCUAACCGCAUUGUUUACUGUACAAUGGAAGUUGAAAACGGUGAAAAACUCCAAACUGAUCAAGCCGAGGCUUCCAAGCCUAUGUGGGACACACAAGGCGAUUUUACAACCACUCAUCCUUUACCAGUAGUUAAAGUAAAGUUAUACACGGAAAAUCCUGGAAUGUUGGCCCUGGAAGACAAAGAAUUAGGGAAAGUGACUAUAAAACCUUCCCCGUUAUCAUCAAAGUCACCAGAAUGGCAUCGUAUGAUAGUUUCAAAAAAUGUACAAGAUCAAGAUGUGCGAAUCAAGAUAGCAUGCCGAUUGGACAAGCCUUUAAAUAUGAAGCAUUGUGGGAAUCUGUACGCAAUUGGGAAAUCCGUAUGGAAAAAGUGGAAACGACGUUAUUUUGUUUUAGUGCAAGUUUCGCAAUACACAUUUGCAAUGUGCAGUUAUAAGGAAAAGAAGUCUGAGCCAUCCGAGAUGAUGCAAUUGGAUGGAUAUACGGUAGACUAUAUUGAAGCUGCAAGUGCAAAUUUAAUGUUUGGCAUCGAUUUGAACGGGGGUCGAUAUUUUUUCAAUGCAGUACGGGAGGGUGAUAGCAUCGCAUUCGCUUGCGAUGAUGAAAAUGAAUGCAGUCUCUGGGUAAUGGCUAUGUACCGGGCAACCGGGCAGUCGCAUAAGCCAACACCACCUAUAACACAGGAUAAAAAUUCGGCAAUGUCCAAAAUUCAAGGUGAUGCAGAUAAAGCUCGUAAACAUGGCAUGGAGGAUUACAUAAGCGCCGAUCCGUGCACAUUCGAUCAUGCCAAUUUAUUUAAAACCUUGCAAAACUUAACGCUCGAAUAUAGAUUAAACGAUCCUUAUGCAUCUUUGGGUUGGUUUAGUCCUGGACAAGUUUUUGUUUUGGACGAAUAUUGCGCGCGGUAUGGUGUACGUGGAUGCUAUCGACAUUUAUGCUAUCUUUCCGAUCUUUUGGAUCGCGCUGAAAAACAUCAUAUGAUUGAUCCCACAUUAAUCCAUUACUCGUUUGCAUUCUGCGCGAGCCAUGUCCAUGGCAAUAGGCCGGAUGGAGUAGGCAGCAUAACACAAGAGGAAAAGGAAAAGUUUUCCGAAAUUAAAGAACGUUUGCGGCAAUUGCUUGAAUUUCAAAUCACGAAUUUUCGAUACUGUUUUCCAUUUGGACGCCCAGAAGGAGGACUUAAAGCGACACUAUCAUUACUUGAACGCGUUCUAAUGAAAGAUAUUGUGACACCAGUACCACCAGAAGAAGUGCGUCAAAUGAUAAAAAAAAGUCUGGAAACGGCCGCACUCGUCAACUAUACACGACUUUCGGCUGAAGCAAAAAUCGAAGGUUACAAAAUUGUUACUUAUAUUUUAUGUUCAGUGAAGAAAAAAGAAAAAUGUUUUCUCAUAAAAGAGGAUUUACGCGGAGAAAUGAUUGUACCGCCACCCAAGAAAUUGGAGGAUCUUAUUCAUCUCUCUGAACUUUGCGUUGAUUUAUUGCAGCAGAAUGAGGAGCAUUAUGGUGAGCUGCGCAAAAAUGAUAAAAAGGAUAAGGUUAAGACAAUCAAGGAAGGCGGUGAUGCUACACAAGAUGAUGAUCGUAACGAUGCUGAAAUGACUGGUACUAAUAAUGAUCUGGGAUCCACAAGCAUGGACCAAAUUACAACAUCUUCUAAAGGCUUAUUGGAUGCUUCUGGUGGUGUUGGUGUUAGUAAUGGACCGCCCCCAUUUCGAUACUGUAUGCCCACACAUGCUGUGUACACAUCGCCAGUACCAACGGCGUUUGCUUGGUUCAGCGAUCUGCUUGUUGAGCACGCAGAGAUAUUCUGGUCACUUUUUGCUGUUGACAUGGAUCGCGUACUAUCCGAACAGGCACCAGACACUUGGGACUCAUUCCCCUUAUUCCAAAUCCUUAACGAUUAUUUACGAUCUGAUGAUAAUUUGCGUAAUGGGCGAUUCCACCAGCAUUUGCGUGAGACAUUUGCACCGUUGGUUGUGCGGUAUGUGGAUCUCAUGGAAUCGUCUAUAGCACAAUCUAUUCAUAAAGGCUUUGAAAAAGAGCGUUGGGAAAGUAAAGGGAUAAACGCCGCUUUGAAUCCAGUUGCAUUAAACAAUGCAGCGCAGGCGCUGAAUACGGCAGCACUCAACCCGGCGGCAUUGCUCAGUGGCAAGAAAGAACAAGUCAAUUUCUAUGUGCCGAAGCUACCUAGGGGCACAGCUAGUACAGCUGCCUCUACUAGUGAUGAAAUGAGAAAUGGUUGUGCUACUUCAGAAGAUCUCUUCUGGAAAUUGGAUGCACUUCAAUCAUUCAUCCGAGAUUUGCACUGGCCAGAUGCGGAGUUUCGUCAACACUUAGAACAACGAUUAAAAAUGAUGGCCGUUGAUAUGAUAGAACAAUGCAUACAGCGAACAGAUUCAAUGUUCCAGUCUUGGCUAAAGAAAAAUGUUGCCUUUAUUUCAACCGAUUAUAUAAUACCGUCAGAGAUGUGCGCUAUGGUAAAUGUGAUAUUAGAUGCUAAAAAUCAAAGCUUUAAAUUAACUACCAUCGAUGGUAUUGAUCUGUACAAAUUCCAUGCGAAAAUCGAUGAUCAAAUCGACAAAGCGAAUGUAGCAAUGACACAAGGUCUGAGUGGCAAACUUAUGUCAGUGCUAGAGUCGACUUUGUCUAAAUUGGCACGAUAUGAUGAAGGCAGUUUGAUUGGCUCAAUCCUUAGCUUUACAAACGUGUCGAGCUCAGGGAAGGAUCUUGGACAAGGCUACGUUAAUUUCUUUCGUAACAAUAUGGAUCAAAUACGUGGUAAAAUUGGCGAUGAUCUAUGGACCCUUAAUUUCUUCGAACAGUGGUAUGCUCAGCAAAUCAAUAUGCUAUCCAAUUGGCUCUCGGAUCGAAUGGACCAUGCGUUGCACUAUGCGCAGAUUACAUCCAUCUCACACAUUAUUAAGAAGAUUUAUUCAGACUUUGAGCUGCAGGGUGUUUUGGAGGAUAAACUUAACUCGAAAGCAUAUCAGACAGUUGCCCAACGAAUGACGGCUGAGGAGGCAACUUGUGCUCUUUCAAUGCCCGAUGUUGCUGAUGGAGAUGAAAAUAUUGAUGAUAUUCAUAAUGGCGAUGUGGAAGAUGGUGUUGGCGAUGAAUCUGGCGGCCAUGCAUCGUCACGGAGCCUGCCAAAGCCAAAAAUAGCAGCCGCUCAAGCAGCGGCUGUCACCAACGUAGUCGCUGGCCGUGUUGGCAAUUUGCUUGGUAAAGGCAUUGGUGGACUUAGCUCAAAGCUAGGAAGUGGUGGUUGGUUUUGAGACGCCAACAUUCGGCACUUUCUGCAUGUCUGUCUUAUUUAAACCAGGCGUCCAGUCUACUAUAUAAAAUUUGCUUUGUAGUUUUCUGAGCCAAGUCCACAGACGUCACAUGAUUGCUUAUUUAAUACCAAAAUGGAUAAAAUAUACUAUAAUACACGAAUCAAUCCCUACUUAUGUACGAGUAUAUGUAAAAAAUAGUCUUUAAAAUUCAUUCCAAAUAUUAAAUUUUACACUUUAGGACUUUGAAACUAGUCAAACUUUAAGUAACUAAACCAAUGUAUAUCUAUUUCCGGAGUUUUUUUUUAAUUUUGUGCUGAUAUAAAUUAAAACAUAUGAAACAUUAUAUCUUAGCCGAUUAUUUUAAACAAAUACAUAAAUUUAUAUUCAAUACUUAUAUGUUACAUACAUAACAUUAUUACCUCUUUAAUUAUUACUAUAAAUAAUAACAUUUUUAUUAUUAUACUAUAAUGUGAAUUGGCUUCAAUGCUAAUUUCUUUAUCAACGCAAUAGCAAAUUUGAGAAUAUAAGUAUAAUACAUAUGAACGAUAUAUUAAAGAUAUCUUCUUUACUCAUACAAAUGUACAAUUAGUAUGAGUAAUACGUUAAAUACAGUUAAAAAACUUUGGUAUUUUAUUUGAAUGAGUGAUAAAAGGAAUAUGGACGAUCUACAUAAGUGUUUUGUUGGCGUUUUGUCGGUUUCAAAGUAAUGUUCAUCAAUCUCAAGCAACCAGAAAUUAAGAAAUUGAAUUGAAUCUUCUCCCAAUCAAUAAAAGAUAUCGGUUAACAUUGUUACCUAGAUACAUAAAUAUUAUAAAUAGGGAAGGAUUAUCGUGAUCAGUCUUCUUGAGUGUGUUAAAGACCAGGGCAUGCAAAACAUUUAAAUAAACAUAAAUAGUCAAACCAAGUCAUGCAAGCAGAUCACAAAAACUGAUUUACUUUUGUAUAUAUGUAAUGAAUUUAAAUUGUUUUUUGUUAAAAAAACAUUCUCAUUAAAAAUUUCGUUAAUGGGUAUUUUGUGAAUUUAAUCUGCAUCCUUUUUAUGUCCAUAUAUUAAGCAAAUACAUAAUUAAAAUUUUGUAUAGUACGUUCUGUCCCCUUAUAAUAUAUAUUGAUAAAAAUUCUGUUCAUUGGCACACUGGUCAAAGUUGCUUUUUUUAUAAAUUGAUCAACUCAUAAAAUUAAAUAUGAUUGAGUAUGUAUGCAAAUAUUGAGUAUACAAAAUGCAGUAAUUAAAGUUAAAAAAACAAUAAUCUUUACCAAAACAAUUGCAGUGCAUAAAAUAUUUAGUUAGUCUAAAUAAAAACAUAUAUGUAUAUUUACAUUUAUUAAUUUAAAAUGCAUCCAAUAAACUCUAAAGCUGA